UCCCUCCUUCCCCUGCUGAGAGACACAGCAGUCAGGGAGAGAAGCAGCAUCAUUGGCGAUCCAGCCGUCGCUCUCCGUCCUCCGCUCUUCUCCGCUCUCUGCCUCCGUCCCUCAGGAGCCCUGCUGCUGCCUUCAAAGAGCCACGCUGACAGGAACGCCGAUGACAGUACGGCGAGGCGACAAGGUGCCCAUCAGUAUCCAGGAGCACAUGGCCAUCAACGUGUGCCCGGGACCCAUCCGACCCAUCCAGCAGAUCUCCGACUACUUCCCCAGGUACAGCCCAUGGCCGGAGGGCGCCUCCUCUCCCACCGGGCCGCCGCACGCCCUCGCCCCGCUGGACAUACGUCCCCAGGUGCCAGAGCUGGAGACCGACUCCGCCGACCUGGACAGCUACGACUCCGACGACGGCACAUCGCUGGGAACUCUGGAGUUCGAGCUGCUGUAUGACCCAGAAAAAUGUAUCUUGCAGUGCAGCAUCCUGAGGGCGAAGGGACUGAAGCCAAUGGAUUUCAAUGGCCUGGCCGACCCCUAUGUGAAGAUUCACCUUCUUCCCGGAGCCUGCAAGGCGAACAAGCUGAAGACGCGCACCGUGCGAAACAAUCUGAACCCCACCUGGAACGAAAGCCUGACGUACUGCGGGAUCACCUCAGAAGACAUGGGAAAGAAGAUUCUACGGAUCUCCGUGUGUGACGAAGACAAACUAAGUCAUAACGAGUUCAUCGGGGAGACGAGAAUCCCGCUGCGCAGGUUAAAACCCGGAGAGAGGAAACACUUCAACAUCUGUCUGGAGCGUCAGAUUCCUCUGGCCUCUCCUUCCUCAAUGUCAGCCGCUCUCCGAGGGAUUUCCUGUUACCUCAAAGAGUUGGAGCGCUGCCAGGAGUGGGAGCUGGAGGAGAGGGGGAGAAUCCUCCUGUCACUGACGUACAGCACCGAGGGGGGGGGACUGGUGGUGGGGAUCAUACGCUGCGCUCACCUCGCCGCCAUGGACGUCAACGGCUUCUCGGAUCCCUACGUCAAAACAUACCUGAAGCCGGAUGUGGAGAAAAAGUCCAAACACAAAACAACCGUGAAGAAGAAAACUCUGAACCCGGAAUUUAACGAGGAAUUCUUCUAUAAAAUCAGCCUGCUGGAGCUUCAGAAGAGAAGCCUGGAAGUGACGGUGUGGGAUUAUGACUUGGGAAAAUCCAAUGACUUCAUAGGGGGCGUGACCCUUGGAGUAAACUCCAAAGGGGAGUGUCUAAAGCACUGGAUGGAGUGUCUCUCUUCCACCAAUCAGAGGGCGGAGCAUUGGCACACGCUCACCAACGAGCUCCCGGGAUCCAACUACACCGACUGAGGAAUGCACAUUCUCCUAGGCCGGAGUCAGCCGAAGAACAAGGGCCGAGGGCAGGCAACACUCACUUACUUGCGCACUCACAUCACUCAACGCAUUUCUGUCUAUGAGGCGAAAUUUUAAUGGCGCGGGCUUCACACAAGAUGGCCGACGCUGGGAGCCUCAUGACUUUUUGAGGGAUGAGCAUCUUCAUUGUCUGUGCUAUCAGAAGAUAUCCAUUUCUU